CGGUUUCUUUAACAACGCACUAGUGAUAAAAAUAGACUCGCGUUAAUCUCGCUCCUUGCCUUAAUCCGGCAAAAGUAUUUAUUUUACUCUAGCGCACACGCGCGUUAAAAAAAUCCCGUGCUCUUUCUCCCAAUUAUUGAUCGCAACUGGCCACUUCUUCUUGCAGUGCCACUCGCUCUCAUUCGCUCAAUAUUCGGGAGCGGCUUAAACCUGGCUGAUCGUGGUGGUCUAGUUCGGCUGUCACAACUGCUUUGGCAACACUCCCCCCAGUACACAAGCCGUUGCGUACGGUUUGUUUACUAAAAGAACAAAGACCAAAGCAGUUUCUUUGCCGUAACUUUCUUCUGUUGUUCUCAAACGGUAGAGAAUAUCUAUCGCGAUUUGAAAAUAUCCACGAUGACGUGAUGGUUUUCGGUCCCCUUAAACAACCGCUACUGGCAACUCGCUUUUUAAAAAAGUAAUUGGUGUCGUCCAGAAUCAGCAUUGUAUGUGACCUAUUCAAACUGGUUUACUUUACGAUCUCGAUGUCACGAAUGUCAAUUUGCGUAUCGCUCAACGAGUCGAAAUAAUCCCGCUCAUCUUAGCAAUAUUCGCCGUAUGCUUUAGAUUUCCUAACGCCAAUUGUACCUGUUUCAUUUCGUUCACUUUCACUCUCUCUGUAAUUUAUCUCAAUAAUUACGCCUAUAUCAGAUGCACUCUCUUUUACUUCGUUUUCAGAACACUCUAUUUCGUUUAAAUCACCGUAUGCAGAUGAAGAGAACGUUUUCUCUCUCGACACGAUCAACUUUAUUGGCUCCUCAGAGAGCACCUUGCACACUACCUCGACCGAUAGCUCGGGUUUUUUGCACCGAAUGAACCUUGGCUCUCCCGGUUGCCGCCUAACGUGCCUUGCCUCUUCAGGUUCAAUCCACGCCGAAAUAGCGUGAUCCGUGGUGACAGGCAAAUCUACCAGCGACUCCAUUUUGUCCAAUUCAGCCAGCAGGACCUCAUAUUUACGUCUUGUUGCCUGUUUUCGUCUUUCUAGCUCGGCCAAUUCCAUUGUUUCUUCUAUAGCUAACAGAUUUAGCAACAUAUUUUGACGAGCUAUACUCAUCGGGAGCGGAAGGAAGGAAGGGAAUCGGGAGGGAAGCGAGUUGCCAGUAGCGGUUGUUUAAGGGGACCGAAAACCAUCACGUCAUCGUGGAUAUUUUCAAAUCGCGAUAGAUAUUCUCUACCGUUUGAGAACAACAGAAGAAAGUUACGGCAAAGAAACUGCUUUGGUCUUUGUUCUUUUAGUAAACAAACCGUACGCAACGGCUUGUGUACUGGGGGGAGUGUUGCCAAAGCAGUUGUGACAGCCGAACUAGACCACCACGAUCAGCCAGGUUUAAGCCGCUCCCGAAUAUUGAGCGAAUGAGAGCGAGUGGCAUUGCAAGAAGAAGUGGCCAGUUGCGAUCAAAAAUUGGGAGAAAGAGCACGGGAAUUUUUUAACGCGCGUGUGCGCUAGAGUAAAAUAAAUACUUUUGCCGGAUUAAGGCAAGGAGCGAGAUUAACGCGAGUCUUUUUUUAUCACUAGUGUGUUGUUAAAGAAACCGUCAAUAUUCGCAAAUUUCUACACCGAGUAUCAAUUAACAUAGAAUUUAAUGUCAUUUGGUGUCUGUGCCCUGAAACCUGAGACGCAAGCACUUUAGGCUGCGAUGCAAGCUAUCGGAAGCGCAACAAACGACAAAAGUGGAUAUCAAGUGAUGUGAGUUAGGGCCGGGACUUCGGUCGAAAUCACGCGCGUUUGUGUGUGUGUGUGUGGGGGGGGUGUGUGCGAGGUUUGGGUAUUCUGAUGAUUGUGUGUGCGACAGUGUGCGGUAGUGUGCUUCUCGCACAAGUGUGUGGUGUCAGCUUGAUGUGCGUAUGAUGCUUUUCCGUGGAAAAACGUAGUGCCGUUACACCACCACCACACCCGGCUCCGGUCGCGAUCAGCGUGAGGAUUGAGCAAUAAGUGUAGAUAUAUAUCGUAGCCAACUGGCUAAGCGUGUAUGGAAACGGUGUCGGCGGCGUGAAAAAAGCCAUCCUUCGCUACCGCGUGAGGAAGAAAACGGUGGAAAAUCUUGCGGAUUUUUUGUAGUGUGUUUGUGUGUGUGCGUGUGUGUCGGGUGUUCUGUGCUAGUGUUGGUUUUUUGUUCUCCAGUUUCUCGGCCACGGUGCUUGGUGCUGGCACCAAACCCAGUCGCCCGUAUUUCCUGUGAAAGGCAAUUUAAUUAAUACAAGUGCUGAUUGGCCAAACGUGUCGCGGUGGUUGUUUUUCUCUGUGGCCACGGUGGUAUAGCGGCGCUUCAGCGAAGGUGCACUGGAUCAUAGCGGAUUGGAUGUCUGGGGCGAAACAAGGUGGAAAAAAGGAAAAUCGUCACGGUCACGCUUACGCGCCCCAGUUUGGUGGACCCUUCGGGGGUGGAAAGCAACGGCUGAAGGUGGACACGACAGUGCUGGGGCUGGCACGGGAUGGCACAACGGACUGUUGGAAAGCAAUAAUUUAUCGAUUCGAAAUCGCCACCCUAAAGUCUAAAGCCUAUGAAACCAUUAGCUGGCGACUGGUGACAGCGUGAUAAGAUGUUGUGCAGCGAACAGUUGUGAGCCACCGCAAAAUGGAGCUUGCUAAGAAAGCACUCGGCUGCUCUAACAGGAUCGUUCACGCUACAGUAAGUUUUACACCGACAAGUGGAAAUCGACAGCAAAAGUGUAAUAAACUCAUUGACCAACUUACCGUUAUCUCGCGCGAGUGAAAGCAUCGUCUUUGUGCCAUGAAAAGAAGGGAUAACUCGUAGCCAGGCGUCUCUGACGUUAUUCGCCUUACGAACGUUAUACUUUCUGCGAGCGCUCCUUAGGGAAAAGGAAAAAGGGAGCACUGUGUUAAGAAUCCCGGAGCGUAAAACCUAAUCUUCUUUCAAGCAUUGACUUUGUGGUCGGCUACCCGUGGCAGAUCAUUGCUGUUCCAUUUAUGAAUGGAGGUGGAGUUUUUUUUAAGGCAAACCGAGAAAGCAACUAUUUCAGUGUCAGGUGAACGAGAUUGUGCUUGUUUUGUGACCGGAAAAGUGAGUUACAUUAAGAGUGAUUAUUAAUGUUUAAAAUAAAAGUUAGUACAGGUUGGUGGCACUACUUGCCACAAGAAUGCUUCAAGAGUGAAUUGUGCUAAUGUGCAGUUUGAAUGGUACGGGAAGAAUGCAUCCUGUCGGUGGCAUUCUUUGUGUUAGUGCUGAAGUGUACUGGUUCGUGGAGCGUUGUGCCGAAUGAUGAUGUUGUAAAUGAGCAGUAAAGUGAUGCAAACAUAGCAAAGUGGUGAUGAUGAAAAUGCGACGAAAAAUGAAACGCAACAUAGUUAACCAAGCGUUUUGUUUGGUCGUGAUCAACAUUAUUAUUGUGCAAUAUACUUCCGGGUUGCAGCAGGCAGCAGUGGAUAAGGAAAAACAUGUAAAAUCCUCCGAAAUACAGGCUGUAGAAGGUCGCAAGAUCUCUCUGCCCUGUCCUUUAUCAGCACCGUCCAGGGAUAAGGUGUACAUGGUUCUGUGGUUUAAGGACGACGCUGGAAUUCCUUUGUACAGCUUUGACGUGCGGGGGAAACCUUUACAGCAGGCAAGGCAUUGGUCAGCGCCGGAAAUUUUCGGACCAAGGGCCCACUUCAACACCGACACCGAUCCGGCCACACUGGAUAUACAGGACGUUCGACGCCAUGACGAGGGUGUCUACCGCUGUCGGGUUGACUUUCGUACCAGUCAAACACAGAGCUUUCGAUAUAAUCUCAGCAUCAUCAUUCUUCCCGAGCAUCCCGUGGUCCUCAGUCAAUGGGGACAACAGUUAAACAGCUCAAAGCUUGGACCGAAAGAGGAAGGUGACGACAUUGUCUUAACAUGUCGUGUUGUAGGAGGUCGCCCACAACCGUCGGUCAAAUGGCUCAUCAACGGCAUACUGGUGGACGAGCAGUACGAGCACAAUUCUGGCGAUGUCAUCGAAAAUCGGUUGCUAUGGCCCGCGAUCCAACGCUCGGACCUGAAUUCCAUCUUCACCUGCCAGGCAACGAACACGCUGCUGGUGGAGCCGAAGGAAAGCAGCUUUGUUCUAGAUUUACAUCUGAAACCAUUGAGUGUGAAGAUAAUGAACCCGCAGACGCCAUUAGUAGCCGAUCGACGAUAUGAAAUCUCCUGCGAAAGCGUUGGUUCGAGGCCAAAUGCGAUUAUAACCUGGUACAAAGGAAAGCGACAAUUACGUCGUGCAAAGGAGGAAAUACUGAACAACACCACCCGCUCGGAGCUCAGCUUCGUACCGACGACCGAGGACGAUGGGAAGCAGAUAACGUGCCGGGCCGAAAACCCAAACGUUACCGGCCUGUUUCUGGAAACGUCCUGGAAGAUUGAAGUUGUCUAUCCACCGAUUGUGUCGCUGCGGCUCGGUUCAACGCUAUCGGCGGAUGACAUCAAGGAAGGGGACGAUGUUUACUUCGAGUGUCACGUCCAAGCGAAUCCUCCGUGGAGAAAAUUACACUGGCUACACGACGGUGUUAUGAUUACUCACAAUGCCACCGCUCGGGUGAUACGGUCCAAUCAGAGCCUGGUGCUGCAGAAGGUUACCCGCAACUCAUCCGGAAAUUACUCGUGCAGUGCAAUCAAUGCCGAAGGUGAAACGGUUAGCAAUCAGCUUGCGCUGCGAGUCAAGUAUGCACCGGUAUGUGCGACUGAUCGGAUCAUCAUUGUCGGUGCAUUCCGUAGCGAAUCGCUGCAAAUACCGUGCGAGGUACAUGCCGAUCCACCCCCACGGCAGUUCAACUGGAAGUUCAACAAUUCGGGCGAAACGCUCAAGAUAGGCAAGGAGCGCUACGUUAAGAAUGGUUCCAUCAGUCUGCUUAACUACAUACCGGUCAGCGAUCAGGACUACGGGACGCUCACGUGCUGGGGUCAGAAUGAGGUCGGCACCCAGGAUUGGCCCUGUUUCUUUCAAGUCGUACUCGCAGGGCUGCCAUCGGCGGUGAAAAACUGCUCGAUAAACAAUCAAACGCAGCACUCGGUCGAGGUGCAGUGUCUGCCCGGAUACGAUGGAGGAUUACCGCAAAUUUUCAUUCUCGAAGUGAUUUCCAGCCGGACGGGCCGUGUGCGGUACAACGUUACCAACCCGGACGAACCGUACUUUCUGGUGGAGUCGCUGGAGAACCUGAUUCAUUACGGCGGUGCGUAUGACGACAUCGGCGACGACAACCCACUGAAAGCCAUCAUUUACGCCGUCAAUCAGAAGGGCCGCAGCCAAGGCAUAGUGGUGAAGGACUUCUAUCUCGAGAGUGCUGUCGAAAACCGUGCAGGAGUGCUAACGAGCAACUCGCUUGAUAGUAUCUCGCCGAUCCUUUUCGGCGUGUUGCUGACGCUGCUGGUGCUAUGUUUCGUUAUCUUCGUGCGAGUGUACUACAUCAAAGCGACUGCCACCAGCACCACCAUCACGAACGUUAGUAAUGACUUAGUUAGUAAUUCAAAGCAAGGUAACAACAAACAGGAUACGCUAGCCAAGAAAUCCGCCAAACAAAGCCCCCGCUGGCAGCAGGGCAACAGUGGCGGUGGCGUCGGCGGCGUCGGUGGCUACGGCGGAACCGGAACCGGAUGCGGACUGAUCGUCGAUGGACGAUCGCGGGACGAAAAGCUGGGCGCACCGGACGGGAUGGAGGACGAGCGGGACCCCGACGUAAUACCCGCCCAGUUCGCAGUGUCGAACGAUUCAGAAAGUGUUAGCUUCAACUCCUCCAAGUGGCCAAACGGGAUCUUUUACGACAGAUAUCCAAACCAUGACAUACGACCAUCGGAGCUUCUGUUACCGUCCGCGGCAGGGACAUUAGGACCGACAGCGACGGCGACGGUGACGACGAAUCAAUUACACCCGAAUGUUAAUCAACCGGGUGAUAGUAUUAAAUUAGGUCCAUACUACACGCCCAGCGGACUAUUGACGGGUGGUGGCGGUGGUCCCACCGCACCGGGUACGACCGGCACUACGCUGGCGGGUGCCUACCUCAGCCCGGCCGGGUCACAUCCCCUCGACAGUGGCGGCUUGGACGGGGUCGGUGUUGGCGGCCCGCUAAUGUACAGCAGUGCGGGCAGUGGCCAAACGCUCGUCGGUAACCAUCAUCAAUCAAGCCUGCUGCCGAACGGGACCGCCGGCAGCACCGGCACCGGAGUUAAUCCUAACGAUUAUGACAUCAAUGUACAUACCAUCAAAAAUAUGCUAAUGACGACGCGCGUCCCCGAGAGUUGCGUUUAGUUUUGCUGCGACCACAGACCACAGCCAUCCGGCAUGCCAUCGCGGGCAGUGGAAGUUUUCUCAAGAAUGAUGCUUGCGUAAAGGCACGGCGCACACGGCGAUUCUGGCUGAUGGAAGUGUUUUUGUGAAGGCGGAGAGCGACUGCUUCCAGGAGGGUGUUGUUUUUUGUGUGUUUUUAGAAGAUGCUUGCGCCUUUGAGUUGUAUCUCUUUACCAUGCAACAGGUUGCAUUGAUGAAAUCUAGAAUCGUUAUUAAAAAGAUGCACCUAAAAACAUGUCUAGCUAAAUUGAUCAAUGAACGACAGAGUUAGAGACAGAGUUGGUAGUCUUCCUUUCCGACAAAAACAAUGCUAAAUUAUUAUUUUUUUCGGUAUGUUAAGUUGUUUACUUUGUGAAUGUGAACAAUAAAAGAAUAAUGUGAAAAUCCUUAAACACAAACAUUGAUUGGUUCCCUUUAAAUUACAGAACAAAUUCUUCAAUAUAACUUA